AUGCUAUUGUUUACCAAUCAGAUAUACUCCUUCAUUACAAUACUAGCCCUUCAAGUUGAUGGAAUGGUCAUUGUAAGGGACAACUCAAGAAGAUGUUCAUUGGUGCCCAAUCAAUUCAACUGCAUGCGAGAGUUUACAAAGGCCGAAGAUGGGUCUACUUUUCGAAGUCCUCCAGUCCUCGCAAGAGGACAUGUAAAUGAAUUUCCGCAAAUGUACGAGCAGGAUUAUGCUGACACCAACUACUACGCCGACUAUCCACCUGCUGAAUAUUCAGAGAGCGACAAUGGAGCCGAAACUAUGGAUGCCGUAGAUAGCAACCAGCGAUUAAAGUUCGACAGGUCAAAACAAGUGCCUUCCACGGAGCUGUUUUUUGUUAAUGUGUCUACCCCUGUGCACUCGAGUGACUUCAUCUCUAAACUCCUUGCUUCUGCAAAGAAGGCAAGCAAAUUAAAACUACGCAAUCACUUAGCAUUGAGUAAAUUCAGCUUUUUAGUUACCCUUCAACAGGAAGUUGGAUGUGGCGCUGAGCCUCACGUCUCUGACGCAAGGGCUAAUACAUGGCAUGCUAGACGAUUUGUCAGCGGCAGCAUACUAGCUGCAAACUCGCCUCUAUAA